CUGGAGAGUGAUCCAGUGACCCUGAACUUUAGUUGGCCUUGUCUCUACCAACCCUGGCAGCCUCGGGCCGCACGCCCGCCCUCCUCCCAUCCACCCCUCUCCUUCCUUCUCAGCGAGAGCCUUAGCCCUCCCUCCGGCCUGAAAGCCUUGCCCCCGCCCCCUGGCGGGCCCCAGCUGUAGCUCCAGGCUCUUCCUUUGUCAUGGCUCCGCCCAGUCGCACAGACCCGCUGGGGAAGAAGGUUCUGCUGUUCCCUUCCACCUACUCUCUGGAUCUAAGCUGGCAGAGAUGGACUAUCCAAAGGCCAGGGCCCUUCCAUCCAGGCCCCACUGCCCCUCCCUGGGAACGUGGGCCUCGGAGGCUGGCAGCGGGAGGUUCUCUGUGCCGCCCUCCAUCAGCAGGAAUCCCGCCAUGGUGAACGAAACCAGAGGGAACGGUAGUCCCCACCCCCGCUCCGAGGGCAGCAGCAGUGAUGGCGAGAGCUCCAAGGAGGGUUCGAGAAGUUCCACUCCCAGCCUGGAGCCCGAGCGGCACGAGAGGCUCCGGGAGAAGAUGAGGCGGAGGAUGGAAUCUGGUGACAGGUGGUUCUCCCUGGAAUUCUUCCCUCCUCGGACUGUGGAGGGAGCUGUCAAUCUCAUCUCAAGGUUUGAGCGGAUGGGGGCAGGCGGCCCCCUCUUCAUAGACGUGACCUGGCACCCAGCUGGGGACCCUGGGUCAGACAAGGAGACCUCCUCCAUGAUGAUUGCCAGCACUGCUGUGAACUACUGUGGUCUGGAAACCAUCUUGCAUAUGACCUGCUGCUGUCAGAGCCGGGAGGAGAUCACGGGCCAUUUGCACAAGGCCAAGCGGCUGGGCCUGAAGAACAUCUUAGCAUUGAGGGGAGACCCCACAGGUGACCAGUGGGAAGAGGAAGAAGGGGGCUUCAACUACGCUGCAGACCUGGUGAGGCAUAUCCGAAGCGAGUUUGGUGACUACUUUGACAUCUGUGUGGCCGGUUACCCCAAAGGCCACCCCGAAGCAGGGAGCUUUGAGACCGACCUGAAGUACUUGAAGGAGAAGGUGUCUGCAGGAGCUGACUUCAUCAUCACCCAGCUUUUCUUUGAGGCUGACACAUUCUUCCAAUUUGUUAAGGCUUGCUCUGAGAUAGGCAUUACCUGCCCCAUUCUCCCUGGGAUCUUCCCUAUUCAGGGCUACAGCUCCCUCCGGCAGCUGGUGAAGCUGUCCAAGCUGGAGGUGCCACUGGAGAUCAAGGGCGUGAUUGAGCCAAUCAAAGACAACGAUGCUGCCAUCCGCAGCUACGGCAUCGAGCUGACUGUGAGCCUGUGCCAGAAACUUCUGGCGAGCGGCUUGGUGCCAGGCCUCCACUUCUACACCCUCAACCGCGAGAUGGCCACCACAGAGGUGCUGAAGCGCCUGGGCUUGUGGACCGAGGACCCCCGGCGUCCCCUACCCUGGGCUGUCAGUGCCCACCCCAAGCGCCGGGAGGAAGAUGUGCGCCCCAUCUUCUGGGCCUCCAGACCAAAGAGCUACAUCUACCGCACCCAGGAGUGGGACGAGUUCCCGAAUGGCCGUUGGGGCAAUUCCUCCUCCCCAGCCUUUGGGGAGCUGAAAGACUACUACCUCUUCUACCUGAAAAGCAAGUCUCCCAGGGAGGAGCUGCUAAAGAUGUGGGGGGAGGAGCUGACCAGUGAAAAAAGUGUCUUUGAAGUCUUUGCCUGCUACCUCUCUGGAGAGCCAAACCAGAACGGUGCUAAAGUGACUUGCCUGCCCUGGAACGACGAGCCCUUGGCGGCCGAGACCAGCCUGAUGAAGGAGGAGCUGCUCCGCGUGAACCGGCAGGGCAUCCUCACCAUCAACUCCCAGCCCAACAUCAACGGGAAGCCCUCCUCUGACCCCAUCGUGGGCUGGGGACCCAGCGGGGGCUACGUCUUCCAGAAGGCCUACUUAGAGUUCUUCACUUCCCGCGAGACAGUAGAAGCACUUCUGCAAGUGCUGAAGAAAUACGAGCAGCGGGUGAAUUACCACGUUGUUGAUGUGAAGGGUGAAAACAUCACCAAUGCCCCUGAACUACAGCCCAAUGCCGUCACCUGGGGCAUUUUCCCUGGACGAGAGAUCAUCCAACCCACAGUGGUGGAUCCGGUCAGCUUCAUGUACUGGAAGGAUGAGGCCUUCGCCCUGUGGAUCGAGCAGUGGGGCAAGCUGUAUGACGAGGAAUCCCCAUCCCGCAUGAUCAUCCAGUAUAUCCACGACAACUACUUCCUGGUCAACCUGGUGGACAAUGAGUUUCCCCUGGACAACUGCCUGUGGCAGGUGGUGGAGGACACAUUUGAGCUUCUCAACCAGCUUGCCUCAGAAUGAGGCAGACUGGCUCUGUGUCUGGGCAUCCGGAUACCCUAAGCCUGGGAGCACUUAUGCCCACCCUCUUGCUCCCCAGUCUCAGUUUUCCUGGGGAACCCUCUUCUCUGUUUCCCUCCAGGCCCUGGCCUCACUCCCACACAAUGAAGGCAGCUAGAUGGGUACAAGGCUUCCAGGCUCUGGCUGGACUGAGUCGGCCCCACACGGAGCCUGGUGCUCCCAGCUCUAGCUAUGAGGCCUUGUUCUUUGGGGGGGAGCCUCUCCGUCUUGCUGAGAACCGUGGGCUGGAGUGGGGCGCACUGUCCUCUCUGAGGUGAAGAGAGCCCAGGAGCCCUCGCACCAGGGCAGCCUCUGGGAGCCAGGCCGAGGAUACAGAUGAACUUGUGCUCGGGCCCUCUGCAGGAUGGGCAAAGUGACUGUGGGCAACAGGCAUCUGGGGCCCUGCAGAACGGACAUGGCAAGGUGACAGUGCUGCCCCUUUCCAUCUCCAAGACUACUUGUGACUGAAGGGGCAAACCCCUGCCUGACCUACCUACUUGCUGGCCAAGGUGCAGGCCCCUGGAGGCUGAACCCCAGCAAUGCAAGCUUUUCUUGCCACCUUCUGAGAGCUCAGCUGGAUUUUUCACCGUUCUACAAUGCCACUUUUUGAAAGGGUUGUCUCUCUAUUUUGGUGGUCAAGAGAAAGCACCCUUGAGGGUUAAAAGCAGUCUGAAUUCUUGAACUUGGUGGAGGCCUUGGCCGCCUUCUUUCUCACCUUAGAGGGCUUUGCCUGCACCUGUUCCUGUCAAGUACAAAGGCAUCGCUCACCUGUGCUUCUGCAGGGGCUGCAUGGUGGACACGCCCCCUGGUUUUAUUUCUUAGGUGGAAACUCCUCCCACAGCUGCUCUCUUCAGCUGCGUGUCCUGUCCAGAGGCUGGCUGCCUGGCACUGUCCCCAACCCCAGACUGCUGAGCUUCGCUGGCCCAGUGGAAAAGAGGAGUGCACUCGCGUGGGGGUGGGGUGGUCAAAGAGCAGCCUAAGGGCAGAGACCGAGCAAGACUAGCAGCGAGGACUAAGGAGGGCAUUUUAUUGUCCAUUUCAGCUGGGAACCGUUCCCUCUGUCACCACGCCAUGGGAUGAGUGCCUUCACUCGCGGGGUGGGUGGGGUGCAGUUCCUUCCCCAUGGAAGGCCGGGCUCAGUUCUGCUUUUUUUCUCCGGGAACAAGUCAACAACUGCAGCUGGGCCCCCUGCCCCAUCCCAGCUCCACCAUACCCAGGGCUUGGGCAGCUUCCGGCCCAUUCCUGGGGCCCCUGGGGCCCAGCUUGCUCAGGGGCCUUGGGCUGCCUGUGGCUCCUCUCCUUGGGCCCCUGGCUGCCAGGCGCUGGUGCCAUUUCUCAAAGGCCUGGAAGCAGGAAGGGAGGGCAGGAGAGGCCAUUGGCCUGGGGCUCAGGCCCCCUCCGAGGCCCACGUGCUGGUCUGCGGGGGCAGCACCUGUGCCCAGAUCCUUUGGGCCCUUUAGGGGAGCCGGAGGCCACUCCCUCCGCCCUAGGCAGGCAGCCAGCCCGGCCCCAGGGCAAAUGCACAGACUCAAAAUAGACCUGACUCGCUGCUGUCUGGGAGGCUGUGCUCCGGGAGGCUGUGCUCCAAGAGGGGCAUGAGGGGAGGGGCUGCCCCAGACCCACGCUCUGCAAGGGCUAGUGGCACAGGGCAAGCCUUGUUUCCAAACCCAGUGGUCUGGGAUGGGACUGGGCUGGGCACGUGAUCCCCUGCUAAAUUUAGGGCUCCAAAAUCAAACUGCUUUCUAUAACUGAACUGCUCCCUCCCCUGAAAAUGAGGGGUCCCUGGUUUUGGACUGCUUGGCUGGGCUGAAGUGGGGUGGGGGCCGCACUACCCAGUACCUGGGAAAGGACACAGCCAUCGUUUUGCUGCUGUACUCGCCGAGCCACCCGCAGCUGCAGGACCCGGCGCCGCCAUGCCCCCCAGGCCCAUCCCAGCUGCCACUGCCUGAGCUGUGGGGACGGGUGGCAGAGAAGGCCCAGAGCUGGGCUCACUGCUGCCUCUGAUGCCUGCAAUCCUGGGCAGCUACCCUUCGUGCUGCUGCCUCUCCCUCCCCAACCCCGCCACUCCGUGGCACCAGGAUGAAAGGGAUGUGACAAGGGGUGUUGUCAUCUGAGGAGUGUUACUAUGCAGAUUCCUGGGCCUGACCCCCGAGGUUUCAGAUGUGGUAGGUCCAUGGACCAUACUUUAAGAAACAUCGUUUCUAGGGAUUAUGGGUGAGAAGUGGACUACAGGAGGGCUGAGCCCCAUGGCCUCUGAGGUCUCUUCCAGCUGUGGGGUGGGGAGGGGCCCCCUCACCAGUGUCCGAGCCAGCUGCUCCGUCUCCUGGGCAUCCACCCAGCACUGCCAGGUCGCUGCCAGGACCCUGGCCUGCUGGGGACCCUGGAGCCGGCGAAGCAGUAUCUCAAGGCGCCAGCGCCGGAGGUACUUCCUUCUGGAGAGAGACGUUCUGGUGUGUGUCCGCGGCCAAGACAGCCACGCAUGCCCAGCACCGUGCCCCCCACCCCCAGGACCAGGAGGAAAGGGCGGAGCUUCUGUUGCUUCUGGAUCAUGUGGGGAGGAGCACUGGCGGGGGAGGGAGGGGGCGCCCAGCUGGGGCGCAGGCCAGCCCCUCCUGCUCCGUUCCCCCCGCCACCUCCGUGCACACAGCGGCUCUGACCCCAGCUGCCUCUGGUGGGCCUCAGCUUGGCCUUGGAGGGCUCUGGUCUCAGCACUGCAGUCCCCGCCUGUUGUCACGCAGAGGGGCAGGCUCCAGGCCCAGUCGCAGCGCACAGACCACUGCAGCCAGAGCCCGAAGGCCUGGUGCAGGGGAGGCUGGCAGCUGGCAGGGGGCAGCCGGAAGUCCUGCUCUGUCUCGCCUGGAAAGGGGAGUCAAGUCAGAGGAGGUUAACACAGAGGUUCAGGAUGGCCAAUUCUCCCUUAGAGUAUAAGCUCCUAGAAGGGGAGAACAACAAAGAGGGGAGUGGCAAAGGGGGCUAAACUAGGCACAGCGCACCUUCCCCCUGCCCCCACAUGGCAUCUGCCUGGGACUGCUGCUGUUUGGGGCAGCAUCCCACAGAAAAGAGACAGGAAAGGAGAAAACCUUUCUUAAAAUGACUGAAAUGUUCGAGAGGAGGAAAGGGGCUAGAACAACUCAGGUGAAUACACUAGGACAGUUUACCAAAGAGGAGAAGCUGGUUUUCAGGUUGUUGAGGCCUGGUGACCGCCUCAGCCCUGCGCUGCAGAGAGUCCAUCCCCAGGGGCAGGGUCCCCUUACUCUGAGCCCAGGACGGUUCUCUGUGUGUCCUCUGCCUGCUGAGGCUGUGGAGCCGUGGGGGCCUGGGGGCCACGAGUCCCGAGGCCUGUGUCCAGCAGCUGCCGGUCUGAGGGAAAGGCCAGAGUGGAGAACCUGAACCCGACAGGCUUGGAUCUCCCGGGGCCCAGGUGACCUGGUGGUGUGGCCGUCAGCACCAACCUCUGCCGCUCCUCUGCCACCCUCCUACUCCAGGAGCACUCGCUUCGGGCUGGGCCCUGGGCUGAACAUUUUACAUGCAACCCUGUGAUGUAAGGGAUUACUCUUCAACUUUAUGGGAAAAGAAACUAAGCUUACAAAGAUAAAUUCUCUACCCAGGCCCCACAGCUCGGAAGUGGUCUGACUCCUGAGCCUAAGCCCCCAGCUGUGGCUUUCUCUGGGCCGGGGGUCCUUGGACCCUGUGGCACCAUGACACAGGCCAAUACCUGCACCAGGUGUCCCAGGUGGGGGCAGGAGAGGCCCAGAAUCAGGAAUCUUAAUUAGCAUUCCCAGCAUUUUUACUUCCUGUAAGCCUCCCUUUCUCCCUCAGUAAAAUGGGAUCCUUGCCUUACUUUGUUUACAGGAAUGGAAUGAAAGUAUUUAUAAAAUUACUCUGAAAAUAGAAUGCCCUGUAAACCCAUUCCUAGCAUAAAGUACUCUGAAACUCCAGAAUCUGUUGGUGCUGCAACCUCACUUAUGUGAAUUCUGCAAGUAACCAGAGCUAGUCUUUUUCAAUACCAUAAAAUAAAAUGAAAAUCCAAAGCA